UUUUUUUGCGCUAUCAGUACACAGAACAGAGAGCAAGCAAAGCAAAGCAGAAAAAAAAAAGAAAAUCCAUGAAACUUUAUUUCUUUUGCCCUUGAUUCUGAAGUUCAGCGAGUCGGUGACUCGCACACUCAUGAUUUGAAAGUUGGAAGCGCCACAUUUGUCUGUAUCUUGUGGUUCUGUAUCCGUAGCAGAUCGCGAAGUUAAGCUUUCUAAAGAAGUGAGAUUGAAGUUUGAGUUACUGCAAAUUCUAGUCUUUUUAGCUAUGGGAAAAUCACCUGGAAAAUGGAUCAAGACUGUACUUUUUGGCAAGAAGUCUUCUAAAUCUCAUACUUCAAAAGGACGGGAGAAAGUUGCAAAUGAAAAUGAGGUUUUGGUUUCUGUCAAGGCAACAGACACUGAUAAUAAUUUGAAUCUUCCUUUGGCUUCUCAGCCAAACACAUAUACCACUCAUCAAAAUGAAAUGAAUUUAGUGUUGGGAAAAAAGGAAGCUGCAGAUAUAUCAAAUGAUGGGGCAAUAUCAUUGCCUGGGAUUCAAGCUCCAGAUUCACAAAAUUUCAUACCCGAAGAUGAACCAUAUGAUCCUGAGAAAAUCAGGCUAGUGAAAGCAGCAACAAAGGUGCAGGCUGCUUUCAGGAGUUACUUGGCUCGCCGAGCAUUUUGGGCUCUCAAAGGCAUAAUAAAGUUGCAGGCUCUCAUUCGGGGACACCUGGUGCGGAAACAAGCAGUUGCUACUUUGUGCUCUAUGCUAGGGAUUGUGAAGUUGCAGGCUCUUGGUCGUGGCAGAAUGGUUAGACAUUCUGAUAUCGGACUUGAAGUGAGCAGAAACUGCAAUCUAGUGAAGCUUUUGGAGGGCAAGCCUGUGAAGUCUGUUGGAGUUAAUUUGUCUAUUCAAGCAACAAAGCUUUCAACAAAUGCUUUUAUCUCCAAGCUGCUUGCUCCAUCACCUACUGUGAUGCCUUUACACAUCCAAUAUGGUCCUGAGGAACCAAAUUCAGUCACAAACUGGUUAAAACGCUGGUCAGCUUCUCAGUUCUGGAAACCGGCUCCCCAACCAAAAAAAGCAUUAGAGUCAAAAACUCAGAAGAAGCAGGUUAAUUCUCAAACCAUUGAAGCUGAAACGGGGAGACCAAAAAGAAGCGUCCGGAGGGUUCCUGCUGCAAAUGUUGAGAAUAUCUCAUUGCAGUCAACCCCUGAAUUUGAGAAAUCCAAACGGAGUCUGAAGAAAGUUACUAGUGAACCAGUGGAUCCAGUGCAUGAAAAUGCACAAAAUGAACUUGAAAAGGUUAAGCGCAGCCUCAGAAAGGUUCAUAACCCUGUGUUAGAGACUUCUCUUUCUAUGCAGUCAGAGUUUGAAUUUGAGAAGCCAAAGGCAAGUUUGGAAAAUGUCUCAGGCACUUUAAGCCAUGAAAUUUUAGAACAAAGCAUGGGUAGUUCCGGUGAGAAGAUGAAGAAAGAGAUGACUUUGACACUAUCCAAACUCCCCGAUGCAGAAUCUACUCUAGGACCAGUUGAGAUGAAGGAGACAUCAGAUUUACCUUCUGGUGAUCUAGUUGCAGCUGAGUCAAAGCCUUUGAUAGACAAUGGUAGUAAAGACGAGGCUAUCCCUGUAUCAAACAGUGAGCUGAAUCCAAAGGAGGAUUUGGCAAACAAUGAGAAUCACAAACCAAGCAGGAAAGCUUCUACGCCGGUGAAGCAAGAACAUGUAGAGAAUGGGCUGCAAAACAGUCCAACGCUGCCAAGCUAUAUGGCAGCAACUGAAUCUGCAAAGGCUAAGCUGAGACUACAAGGUUCCCCAAGGUCUGCUGAAGAUGAUGCUGACAGAAGUAGUGCCAGUCGACGUCAAUCACUGCCUUCUUCAACUAAUAGCAGAAUCAGCUCUCACUCACCAAGGACGCAGAGGCCUCUUAAUGCUGGCAAAGGUGGUCAUAGAAGUGAUAAAAAUCACUCAUCAUUGAGAGAUGGACAUGCAAAGGUAACCCAAGAGUGGAGAAGGUGAUUUGCUGGAAAAAUCUGAUUUCCCAGAGUCAGUGCAAGAGUUUUUCAUCAAAUUUCUGUCUUGUACGAACAUACUGAGACCGGGUCUAUAGUUGGAGGUAUGUGUGCUUGCCAAAAGACUUACAAAAUUUCUGAUUUGGGAUGUUUCUUUAUUGCUGUACAUCAUAGGUUUUGAGCUGUUGUUGGUUGACAUGGGAUUUGGUUGUUCAUAGUGUGAUUGUAUACAUCCACUUCCACUUUCAAUCUCAUAUUGGUUCAUAUUUUCCCCUUUGGCAGAGCUGAAUUUUUCAAAUUAGUUUAUCCUAAUUUUAUUUAUGGCUUGUAAAAAUAUUAGUGUAGUAGCAAAAAUACAAUGAUAUUCCUGAAAUGCCCCGA